UCUGGAACAAACACUCAAAGUCAAGUGUACUGGUUGGAGAAAUGGGUAAUAGUUACUUAUCUUUAACAUUUAUUUUACAAACAACCUAUUCCUUUUCUCGUCAUGGUACACACUUGGUAUUGUUUGGGGUUUUUUGGUUUUGUUGUUGUUGUUAGUGUGUGGGCGUGGUUUUGUUUGUUUUUAGAGACAAGGUCUCGCUCUGUCGCCCAGGGCUGGAGUGCAGUGGCGCGAUCAUGGCUCACUGAAGCCUUGACUUCCAGGGCCCAAGCGAUCCUCCUGCCUCAACCUCCCGAAUAGCUGGGAUUACAGGCGUGCACCACCACGCCCGGCUGGUAUUGCUUUUUGUUUUGCUUCGUUUUCUUUUUUGCUUUUUGAGACGGAGUCUCACUCUGUUGCCCAGGCUGGAGUGCAGUGGCGUGAUCUCGGCUCACUGCAAGCUCUGCCUCCUGGGUUCAAGCGAUUCUCCUGCCUCAGCCUCCCGAGUAGCUGGGACUACAGGCGCCUGCCACCACGGCCGGCUAAUUUUUUGUAUUUUUAGUAGAGAAAGGGUUUCACCAUGUAGGUCAGGCUGGUCUCGAACUCCGGACCUCGUGAUCCGCCUACCUCGGCCUCCCAAAGUGCUGGGAUUACAGGCGUGAGCCACCGCGCCCGGCUGUUUUGCUUUGUUUUCAACCACUAAAAGGCUGGAUUCGUGUAACAUACUGAAUUCUGCUUUACAGAAGAAAACACCUCUUAGCUGUGUGACUGAUUAUAGGCAAGUUCUUGUGCCCCGGUUUCUGCAUCAGAAAAUGAAGCUUAUAACAGUACCUGUCUCACAGUUUUAGGAUAAAUUAGUUAUAUGUAAAGCAAUUAAAACAGCUCCUGACAAAGAGUAAACACCAUAUAAAUAUUCAUUAAAUAACAUACAAACAUACCAGGUUGGGAAAAAUCAGUAAGCAAAGGUAGUCAGGAAAUUCCAAGUUGGUCAUCACAACUCUUGGCCCACAGGGCUUUAAUCCAAGUGCCCUUGUCUCCUACCCUUGCUGCCAUCCCAGUGUCUCCAGGGAGUAAGUAGAAAUAAAGAUCCUAUCUCACCUCUUGGGCAUUUUCCCCUCCCCUGAAAGCCUAUAAUCGCUUAGCACAGUCGGUGCUUAAGGGGCCAGGCGCCAAAGAAGAUUAAAGGAACAGUUUGUGGGGUGCACUGGGCAGCAGUACUCUCCUCUGAGUUCAAUCAUCUUGCACUCUAAGAAUCACCACCAUGGCCCUUGUGCCAGGGAGAAGCAAGGUGGAUGGGCUUUGGACUAGAAAUAGCCCAGGCUCCUCCCAGCAUCCAGAAAGUCCCAGGCUGCCCAACCCUCUCUGGGACAGAGGAAAAAUUGGCAAGGUUGAAGGUCACCAGCACAUUCAGGAUUUCUCUCAAAAGUCCCAUCUGCCGUCUGUUGUGGUGGAAGCCAAUGAGGUGAAUGAAGAGAGUGGGGAUCUCCAUUUGCCCCAUGAAGAGCUGCUGCUGCUCACUGAUGGUGAGGAAGAGGACGCUGAGGCCUUCUUCCAAGACCAAAGUGAAGAGCCAGGCCGGGCUUGGAGCCCACAGGACCCUAGAAAUCCUUUAAAAACAUUUAACGCUGGACUCAGCUGGGGGCAGGACCAGGAUGAUGAAGGUGCUUGUUGGAUUCUUGAGAACACAGUGUGUCUGGAAGCCACCAACCACUGUCCCUUCUGGGACUCAGCAGGCUCCUGUGUUUGUAGAAGCGGCUUUGUGGAAUAUUCCCAUCUCCUGCCUCCUAAUAGCUUUGAGGGUAAGUAUUGUUCCCUCCUCCUCAAAUAUCUCAUCCAGGUUUAUGAACCUCCUUAUACCCAUCCUUUCACAAUCUCCUUUUACAGGUGA